GGCGCCGCGGGCGGGGGCGGCGGCGGCGGCGGCGGCGGCGGUCCGAGCUCAGCCGCCCCUCAGUCGCCGAGAGCGCAGCGUCGCACAGAGCUGCCGCAGCUCUCCCCGAGCUUCCACAGCGGCGGGGAGCCGACACGGACUGCAGAGGUUCGCUGCGGUCGCCAUCAUGUCGUCGGUAAAGGUGGCCGUGCGGGUGCGGCCCUUCAACGCACGCGAGGUCAGCCGAGAAUGCGAGGGAAUCAUCGAAAUGGACGGCAACACCACAAUAAUUACAAAUCCGAAGCAAAUCAACGACAAUGUCAAAAGCUUCAACUUCGACUAUUCCUACUGGUCGAUUGAGCCUUCGGCGCCACAGUUUGCGUCACAGGAAAGAGUGUAUCAAGAUAUUGGCGUCGAAAUGCUGGAUCAUGCUUUCCAAGGCUACAACGUCUGCAUCUUCGCCUACGGCCAGACGGGCGCCGGCAAGUCCUACACGAUGAUGGGGAAGACGGAGAGGGACCAGGAGGGCAUCAUUCCGCGGAUCUGCCGCAACCUUUUCCAGCGCGUCUCCAACAGCUGCGAGCCGGAGGAGACCGUCUCGGUGGAGGUGAGCUACAUGGAGAUAUACUGCGAGCGAGUGCGCGAUCUGCUCAACCCGAAAAACAAGAGCCACCUGCGCGUGCGCGAGCACCCGCUACUGGGUCCCUACGUGGAGGACCUCUCCAAGAUGGCGGUCACAUCGUACGAGGACAUCCGGGACCUGAUGGAUCAGGGAAACAAAGCCAGAACGGUGGCGGCGACAAACAUGAACGAGACGUCGAGCCGGUCGCACGCCGUCUUCACCAUCAUAUUCGCUCAGAAGAGGCGCGAUCCCGACUCGGGCACCGAAACCGAAAAGGUCAGCAAGAUCUCGCUGGUUGACCUGGCGGGGUCGGAGCGCGCUGACUCCACCGGAGCCAAGGGCACACGGCUGAAGGAGGGAGCCAACAUCAACAAGUCGCUGACCACCCUCGGGAAGGUCAUCUCGGCGCUGGCUGAAGUGUCUGCAGCACCGGCGUCCAAGAAGAAGAAGAAGGCCGAGUUCAUCCCGUACCGCGACUCUGUGCUGACCUGGCUGCUGCGGGAGAACCUGGGCGGCAACAGCAAGACGGCCAUGGUGGCCGCCCUCUCCCCGGCCGACAUCAACUACGACGAGACGCUCUCCACGCUGCGGUACGCCGACCGGGCCAAGCAGAUCAUGUGCAAGGCAGUAGUGAAUGAGGACGCCAACGCCAAGAUGAUCAGAGAACUACGGGAGGAGAUCAGCCGACUGCGAGACCUGCUCAAAGCCGAGGGCGUUCAGGUCGAGCAAGAGGAGCUGCGGAACAACGCCAUGAACCAGAGCACGUGUUCGGAGCUGGUGACGACCGACCCCUCGGAGCCGCCUUCAGCCACGGCCGCUGUCAAACAGUUGCAGGUCAACGAGAAAAUCAUGGCAGAACUGAAUGAGACCUGGGAGGAGAAGCUGAAGAAGACGGACGAUAUCCGGAAACACCGGGAGACGGUGUUUGCUGAGAUGGGCAUCGCCCUCAAGGAGGACGGCGGCACAGUGGGCAUCUUCUCGCCGAAAAAGACGCCUCACCUGGUGAACCUGAACGAGGACCCGUCCAUGUCCGAGUGUCUCAUCUACUACAUCAAGGAGGGCAUCACGCGCGUGGGCUCGGCAGAGGCCAACAUCCCGCAGGAUAUCCAGCUGAUCGGCACGCACAUCUACAACGAGCACUGCAUCUUCGAGAACAGAGAGGGCGUGGUGAUGUUGUUUCCGAACGACGGCGCUCUCUGCUACAUCAACGGCCGCAGCAUCUGCCAGCCGGCGGUGCUGACCACCGGCAGCCGCGUCAUCCUCGGCAAGAACCACGUGUUCCGCUUCACCCACCCCGAGCAGGCGUGGGAGAAGCGCGGAAGCAAGGCAAUGACGGAGUCUUUCGUAGCGUCUGAGUCAGCGGACUGGCAGUUUGCGCAGGGAGAGCUCCUAGAGAAACAAGGUAUCGACCUGAAAAAGGAAAUGGAGAAGCGGCUAGAAAAUAUGGAGGAACAGUUCAAGAAAGAGAAAGAAGAGAGGAAGAAGGAAUAUGAGAAGGAAAGACAAAGUUACGAGGCGCGCAUCGAUGCUCUUCAGAAACAGGUGGAAGAGCAGAGCAUGACGAUGUCCAUGUACUCGUCUUCCUACACAAACACGGAGGAAAACAUGAACACAGAGGAAGAUGUGUUCGUAAACCCUCUGUUUGAGAACGAGGCCGUCUGGACGGACCGCGACUUCCAGCUGGCGGCAACCUGUUUCCAGAAGUGGCGCUACCACCAGUUCACCUCGCUGCGAGAUGACCUCUGGGGCAACGCCGUCUUCCUCAAGGAGGCCAACGCCAUCAGUGUCGAGCUCAAGAAAAAGGUGCAGUUCCAGUUCACGCUGCUCACGCACACCAUGUACAGCCCGCUGCCGGCCGACCUGCUGCCCGUCGACGCCGACGAGGACGACGUCGAUACCGACGCGCCGCCGGCCAGCUCGCGCACCAUCGUCGCCGUGGAGGUGCAGGACCUGAAGAACGGCGCCACCCACUUCUGGAGCAUCGAGAAGCUGCGGCAGCGUCUGGAGGUGAUCCGAGAGCUGUACCGUCAGGAGGCCGAGCUCAGUCCCAGCGCGCCAGACGUCAUCAACAGCUCGGUGCCCGGAAUGGACCCGUUCUACGAGCGCUUCCCCUGGUUCCGACUCAUUGGAAGGGGCUUCGUCUAUCUGAGCAGCUUGCUGUACCCGGUGCCGCUGACCCACAAGAUAGCCAUUGUGAACGCCAAGGGGGACGUCAAGGGCUUCCUCAGGGUGGCCGUCCAGGCUGUACUCGAUGAGGACACGAUCGAGUGUCCCUCUGGAGUGCGUCAGGCGGCCCGCAUCAACUUCUACGAUGACGACACAAACGAGACGAGCAGGAACCGAUACAACAGCGUGAGCGGCACCAAUAAACGCAACAUCGACAAUGCGGCGGAGGUGGGUAUGAACGGCACUGACACGCAGAGCAGCUGGGACAGCUCGGUGGAGGAGUCACUGCCGGCGCACCUGACGCUGGGCCGUCAGUUCACGUUCCGCGUGACGGUGCUGCAGGCCAGCGGCAUCCAAGGCGACUGCUCCGACGUCUUCUGCCAGUUCAAUUUCCGGCACCGCGACGACGAGGCGUUUUCGACAGAGCCCAUCAAAAACGCCGGCCAGGCUCAGAUCGGCUUCUACUACGUCCAGAAUAUCACGGUGACGGUGACCCGCACGUUCAUCGAGUACCUGAAGACGGAGCCGCUCAUGUUCGAGGUGUUCGGCCACUACCAGCAGCACCCGCUGCACGACGACGCCAGGCAGGACUGCUGCGGGCGGCCCCCGCCGCGGCGGCUGCAGCCCCCGGCGAUCCCCAUCAGUCAGCCGGUGCGCUCGCCAAAGUUCGGCCUGCCGCACCAGCCGUGCUCCACGCAGGUCCACAAUCGUGACGACAUCCUGGUGUGGUUCGAGAUCUGUGAGCUCGCCCCCAGCGGAGAGUAUAUGCCCGCCGUGGUGGACCACUGCGACGACCUGCCGACGCGCAGUCAGUUUCUGCUGCACCAGGGCGUACAGCGCCGACUGCGUGUCACCGUGGUGCACGAGCGCUCCUCUGAGAUCAACUGGCAGGACGUCAGAGAGCUGGUCGUCGGUCGGGUGAGGAACACGGCCGAGUACGACGAGGAUGACGAGAACGACAGCACCGUCAUCUCGCUGGGCCUGUUCCCCGGAGAGUACCUCGAAUACGCCGGCGAUAACCGGACCAUCUUACGGUUUGAGGCCGCCUGGGACUCGUCUCUGCACAACUCGCCUCUGUUGAACCGGGUGACGCCGUACGGAGAGCUGGUCUAUAUGACCAUUUCCGCCUACCUGGAGCUGUCGUCCUGUGUCCAGCCGGCCAUCAUCACCAAGGACUUGUGUAUGACCGUGUACGGGCGGCACGCGCGCACUGCGCCGCGCACCUUCCGGCACCUGCUGCUGGGCGGCGGUCAGGGCAGCGACGCCAACCGCGUGACGGCCGUCUACGAGCUGAGCAGCCGGCGGUCGUCAGAGGGCACAGGUGCCAGCCGGCGUCAGCGGCGCGUGCUCGACACCAGCGCCACCUACGUGCGCGGCGAGGAGAACCUGGAGGGCUGGCGGCCGCGCGGCGACAGUCUGCUGUUCGAGCACCAGUGGGAGCUGGAGAAGCUGACGCGGCUGCAGGAGGUCGGCAGGGUCAGACACCUGCUCAUGCUGCGCGAGAAGCUGGGCCUGGACGGCGCCGGGCUGCCGCACCAGGAGAUCAGCAAAUUGGAGAAGUGUGUCUCCCCGCAGGACGAGUGUAACCAGGCGGCCAAGGCGGCCGGCGAGGGCCGCUCGCCGGGCCCGCUGAGGUCACCGCCGGCGGCCGCCGACACCCAGAGCCGGCCCAUGACCGAGCGAGAGCGCUACCUGGCCAAAAAGUACAUCAGCCUCAUCCUGGGACGCACUGAAAAGGACAUUUCUGAGACGUCGACCGUGUUUAACGGCAACCACGAGUCGGAGAUGGAGUCCUCUGACAUCACAGACGUCUCCUCAAUGACAUCGUCCCUGAGCCCCUCCUCGGCACUGCUGCCGGACACCCACCCGGGCGUGGUGCGCGGUCCGAACGAGCCGCGCGCCGCCCAGCCACCGUCACCGCCGCUCUUCUGCGCCGAGCUGGAGGAGAUCCGCGUCUCUCCGGCCGUCAGUCGCCGCGGGCCCCUGCAGGUCUACGAGGAGCACACGCAGACCUGGCUCAAACGCUGGCUGGUGGUGCGUAGGCCGUACGUCUUCGUCUACCGCGACGCCAAGGACUCGGUGGAGAGGAGCCUCAUCAACCUGGCCAGGUCGCAGAUCGAAUACAGCGACGAAGACCCGCACGACACCCCGCACUCCUUCAGAGUGGUGACGCAGCACCGGACGUACCUGCUCCGGUCGGUGGCCAAGGAGCCCGCCAGUGACCUCUACGAGUGGCUCUAUGCCAUGAACCCCCUGCUGGCUGGACAGAUCAGAUCGACGCAGAGUCGGCGCCGGCACAUCUCUGGAGGCCGCAGUUUGUCCGUUUGCCACUGAGUCGUCUGGCUGACCAGGGACGGACCAGACGGACCGGGACGGACCACCGGUCUGGGGGGUGCCGCCUCAGCCGCGCGACAUGACGUCCUCGCGGCUGACAGUGACACACCGCCGGCAGUGAACAGCCUAGCCCCGAACCAGGACGCCUUCCCGUGACCCCGGCAGGUCGAAAUGCCAGCGUUCACAGUGGAGGGAGCGCAGCCAAAGCGUGUCCAACCGAGAUCCGACCUGCCCACCGCGCGCCUCCUAGUGUUUUGUGCUUUUCUCCGCGCUCGCCGCUCGAUAGUAGCUGUUGGAUGCCAUUAACCCGAGUGAGUGCGUCAUGGACGUCCCCAAAGACAGAGUUAAGAGAGGAUUAGUAUUAGAGUCAUUGUCCCUGUCCAAUCAGCACAGCUCUGCGGCAACUGUAGAUGUGAGAUGCCAAGGUUCACCCUUCAGCCCCGGCGAAACCCGGCAGGAUGGCGGUCUGCUGGGUGGUCGGUCGCGUGUGUGAGGCUUAUCCGCUUUUGACGGUGUUCUCCGAUUUUGCCUUACGCUUUGUGUCACGCAGGCUGAUUGAUGCUGGUCUCGGGCGCGUUGGGGCGGUGUGGCAGACUGGCGUAGUGGGUGAACAAUCCUCGCGGUGGAUGUUGAUACUUGUGCAGCUACUGAGUCGCCACGGCUCGACAGAGGCGACUUCUCAGUGAUUCUGGCAAUCAGUAUACCGCCUUCGCUGUCUCUGUAUGUUCGGCGCAGUGAGCCCCUCGGGGCUGUUCCUGGAUAGGGUGCAUGUACCGCGUGGCGACCACUGCAUGUGCACCUCACUGGUGAUGCGGUAUGCGUGUGCUGAUCUCAAGGCGCGACGGGGGGAGAAUGUUGGCACGAUGCAAGUACCAUGGUUGUGAUCGCGGGGCGUGAUACGACGGCCGUUUUCGGCGCGUCGAGCGGUGAUAACGAGACAUAUGCUUGGGCACAGCACAAAUGUAGGUAGCGACACUAACGUCGGGUGCAAGUGGAGGUGAGAUUAUCCACAUCUGUCCCAAAGGGGUGUAACGAAUUCUAGUCAUUAAGCAGGCGUUCUAGUCAUUGAAAAUGAACGGUUGUUCAUUAUUAUAUUCAAACGAAUUAUCUUCGAGUCACUUGCUGUGAAUAGGCGAUCCGAGUCAAUUCUUACCUAAAUGCGUGAAGCCUGACCCUAUGCGGAAGUAAUUCACAAAAUGACAACAUUCCUCAGCAGUCUGAUAUCUCCCUGGUUCGGAAACGGAAACAGAAGGAUCUGCGACCUCUAUUGAAUCGGUCUACCCACACGACCUCUAUCUACCCAUACGGCCAACAGUUUGGCUUGGACCUGUGCCACUACUGAUGGCGCCAGCCUCGACAGCUCCAGUCCAGGUCAAUUGCAUGUGCUUCAUCUGUUCUGAAAAGCCGAGCAUCAAACGAGGUGCCAAAUUGGAGCUCCGAGGCGCCGUGGGCGGUUGGCCGCUGGCAUACAGUGAUCUGAAUACAGAGCGGAGUGAGAGAACUUUGUUCGGAUGUGUGUAGUGACCAGUGGUGUUGGGGGGACUACACACAGUAGUUACAUCUUUCACUGUCCUAGCCGUCAUUCCAAGUAACCAUUAUAACAGCACUGAAAAUGAUCAUUCCAAGGGCAUCGAUCCAGUGGCGUACUUAAGCAUGUCAAAGUUCAUGGCCUCGAUGAAAAAUAUAUUAAUUCGCUUUGAA